UUUAGAAGUUUUACGUUUUUGAGGUGGGGGUGUCUUGUGGUCUCCUUUUGGACAAGGUUUGGAUAGCUUUAAGGACUCACAAUUACGCACAGAUAGGAAAUGAUGGCAGAGGCAUCAUUGUGCAUUUUAACUGCAAUAAUCAUUUUGCACGCGUCUUACAAAGUAGGCGCAUUCAGUAACGACACUCUAGUUGUGGAAAAUGUAACCAGUGCAGCCACAAAUUUGGAGACCAAUACCACGAAUUCUGCCACCAGUCAAACUAACAACUUUGGAUUUAACCCUACAACUGCGCCUAACUUCACUACUACCAAAGUUGUCAUUAUAGAGAUGACAAACAGUACUAAAGAUACCGCUGAUAACCGCAUCGAUAAAGACAAAGAAGAAAGUACUAAGACCGUCGGGGAAGAUGCGCUCAAUGAAUUGGACUGCCCCCCUCUGGGUCUGGAGGGCCUGAGGGUGGAGGACAGCCAGCUGCGUGCCUCCUCCCAGCAGCGGGCGGGGCUGGGGCCUCACCGCGGCAGGCUGAACAUCCAGUCUGGCAUCGAGGAUGGGGACCUGUACGAUGGAGCAUGGUGUGCCCAGUAUGAGGACCAGGACCAGUGGCUGGAGGUGGACGCCCUGCAUCUCACCCUGUUCACCGGAGUCAUCCUGCAGGGAAGGAACUCCAUCUGGAGCUGGGACUGGGUCCACACCUACAAGAUACAGCUGAGUAAUGACUCGAUGUCUUGGGAGACUGUCAUGAAUGACACAGAGGAGGCGAUAUUUCCGGGUAACCAGGACCCUGAGACGCCGGUCCUAGGGCUCCUCCCUGAGCCCACCGCCGCCCGCUUCCUCCGCAUCAACCCCCAGACCUGGUACUUCAACGGCACCAUCUGCCUCAGGGCCGAGAUCCUGGGAUGUCCUCUGCCAGAUCCAGACGACAUGUAUGGAGAGACUCAAUCAGGCUCCAAAGACGAUCUGGACUUCAAGCACCAUAACUACCAGGACAUGAGGAGGUUGAUGAAGAAUGUGAGUGAGGAGUGCCCAGACAUCACCCGCAUCUACAGCAUUGGGAAGAGCUACACAGGACUCAAACUCUACGUCAUGGAGAUCUCAGACAACCCUGGCAAGCAUGAACUAGGAGAGCCAGAGUUCCGCUAUGUCGCUGGGAUGCACGGCAACGAGGCGCUGGGCCGCGAGCUGGUGCUCAAUCUGAUGCAGUACAUGUGCCGGGAGUACAAGAGAGGCAACGAGCGCGUGGUCCGCCUGGUGAAGGACACACGCAUCCACCUGCUGCCCUCCAUGAACCCCGACGGCUACGAGGGAGCCUACGAGAAGGGUUCAGAGCUGUCGGGGUGGGCGCUAGGGCGCUACAGCUACGAGGGCAUCGACAUGAACCACAACUUCCCAGACCUGGACAACAUCAUGUGGGACGCACAGGAAAUGGCAACGGACAAAUCUAAAGUCAGCAACCACUACAUCCCCAUCCCGGAGUACUACACGAAAGAAGACGCCUUCGUGGCCCCAGAGACCCGUGCCGUCAUCAGCUGGAUGCAGGACGUGCCGUUCGUGCUCGGGGCCAACCUCCAUGGGGGCGAGCUGGUGGUGACGUACCCCUUUGACUGCACGCGCGACUGGAUCCCCCAGGAGGACACCCCCACGGCCGACGACAGCUUCUUCCGCUGGCUGGCCACCGUGUACGCGUCCACCAACCUGGUGAUGGCCAACCCGGAGCGCCGCAUGUGUCAUUACGAAGACUUUCAGCAGCACAACAACAUCAUCAACGGGGGGGCCUGGCACACCGUCCCAGGGAGCAUGAACGACUUCAGCUACCUGCACACCAACUGUUUCGAGGUGACAGUGGAGCUGUCCUGUGACAAGUUCCCCCACGCCAGCGAGCUGCCCACAGAGUGGGAGAACAACAAGGAGUCCCUGCUGGUCUACAUGGAGCAGGUCCACAGAGGCAUCAAAGGGGUGGUGAGGGACAAAUUCACCAAGGCUGGCAUAGCCGACGCUGUGGUCAAAGUUCAGGACAUGGACCACGACGUACGAUCAGCCGCUGGAGGGGACUUCUGGCGUCUGCUAAACCCGGGGGACUACCGGGUGGUGGUGUGGGCGCUGGGCUACCUGCCCGCCGCGCGGCGCUGCCAGGUGGGCACUGAGGCCCGGCCCACCCCCUGCCACUUCCUCCUGACACCCAUGCGGAGGCUGAAGCCGGGCCGGUGGGGGGGCGGGGGGGCCCGCCUGGACACACAGCUGCGCCUGCGGGCGCUGAGGCUGAGGAAGCUCCGUGCCACCACCAAGGUCCUGAACCGCCGCAGGGAGCAGCAGCAGCAAGUUCGCAGGACGCGCUCCGCCAGAAUGCCCCGGGGAUGAGGGCAGGCCUGCUCUCUGGCGGGAGGUCAGGGGAUGAGGGGAGG